GCUCGUCCCAGAUGGGGACCAAAGGCCGCUUCCCCAGAGAUGGGCUGGGAGCCCAACCUUCCUGUUGGAGCUCAGGCAGCCUCUUUUAGGGGUGGGGGCUGGGAGCCAGGCAGAAAGAAGCUGCCUGCGGAAGACUCCAGGGCCCGGGAGACUAAAUGAUCACUGUCCCCAGUGGAAAUGGGGAAGAAGUUGGUGAUGGCCCAGAAGCGGGGAGAGACUCGGGCCCUCUGCCUGGGUGUGGCCAUGGUGGUGUGCGCCGUCAUCACCUACUAUAUCCUGAGCACCACUAUGCUGCCCCUCUACCUGAAAAGCGUGUGGAACCAGGAAUCCACGUGCCACCUGAUUGAGACCAACAUCAGGGACCAGGAGGAGCUGGAGGGCAAGAAGGUGCCCCAGUACCCAUGUCUGUGGGUCAACGUGUCAGCAGUGGGCCGGUGGGCAGUGCUAUACCACACGGAGGACACGCGGGACCAGAACCAGCAGCCCUCAGCUCUGAGCACAAGGCAGCAGGAAUGUCCAACCCCAUGGGUGCUGUUGCUUCUCCCCUCCAGUGCUCCUACAUCCCGGGCAGCCUGGACAACUACCAGCGGGCCCGGGCUGAUGUGGAGAAGGUCAGAACCAAAUUCCACGAGCACCGGGUUUUCUACUGCUUCUCCACGACUCAGGAAAAUGAGACCAGCGUCCUGUACCAGCGCCUCUACGGACCCCGGAACCUCCUCUUCUUCCUCUUUUGGCCCACCUUCCUGCUGACCAGUGGCCUCCUCAUUAUCGCCAUGGUGAAGAUCAACCAGUCCCUCUCCAUCCUGGCAGCCCAGAAAUAGACCCAUCCAUGCCACAACACUGCUCAGGCUGCAGGGGACCUGGUGGGCCCCAGGCUGCCACCCACUUGGGUACCCAUUCCUCCUCCCCCUGCCUCCCCACUGUUUCCUUGCAAUCCACUGCAUGGGGCCUUUGGGCAAUCUCUUUGUUAAGUCAAUUCCUGCUCAAGAAUGUACAGUGGCUCCUUAGUGCCUUGGAGGGCACAAGGCCAGCCAGUUAUAGCUCUCCAUUACCUGUCCCUACUCAACUGACUCAAACCCAGAUCUACUGUGCCACCCACCACCCCGCAGACAAUAAUGAGUCUUCCCUCUGGGCCUGUGUUCUCGUGUUUGACUUGAAGGCCUGCCUGUCCUGCCCAGGAAGCCACCCUGGGCAAACCUCAGUUCCUUCUUUGAAUUCCAUAAUGAAAACAACAGCGGCUCCCAUGUGUAGGGCACAUUUAGAGUGUCGCUUGUUUUCAGGACACCAAGUGCCUAUAUGUAGUUUUAUUCCAAUAUUAAUAAAUAUGGGUAUAAGCUUUUAGUUAUAAAAUAAGUAAGUUGUGUGAUAUAAUUGGAUACAAUACAACAUAGUGACUUCAGUUAGUAAUACUGUAGUGCGUAUUUCAAAGUUGCUAAAAGAGUAGAUCAUAGAAGUCCUCAUCACAAGAAAAUAAAGUAUAACUAUAAAAGGUGAUGGAUGUUAACUAGACUCAUGUGGUGAU